GCUCAGAUAGAAGUUAUUCCAUGUAAAAUUUGUGGCGAUAAGUCCUCGGGGAUUCAUUAUGGGGUGAUUACCUGUGAAGGAUGCAAGGGUUUCUUCCGGAGGAGCCAGCAAAACAAUGCCAGUUACUCAUGUUCUCGCCAACGAAACUGUCUAAUUGAUCGAACAAAUCGCAACCGCUGCCAGCACUGUCGUCUUCAAAAGUGCCUUGAACUGGGAAUGUCCAGAGAUGCUGUGAAGUUUGGUCGCAUGUCCAAGAAGCAAAGGGACAGUUUGUAUGCUGAGGUCCAGAAGCACCAACAGAACCAGGAGCAAGUGUUGGGCAGGGAGGGGGCAGAUGCUGUCUCUAGAGGUUAUUCCACUAGCGGCAGUAGUGGUUUUUCUGACCUAGAUGAUCUGAGUGCUCUGUCCGAUGGCAUCCUCCUUGAUUUUCCCCUUACACCUGAAGGAAGCAGCUCAUACUACAGUUUGGAGCUCCCACUCUCCACACAGCAUUCCCCAGACCCAUGCCAUGUGGCCACACCAGACCCCCUCCCCGGACUGGGAGAGGAAAAGAGAUUGCUGGACAUCAUCCCCACAGAUAUAGAACAAGUAACCCAAAACAUCAUCCGUUCCCAUCUAGAUACUUGUCAGUUUACUAGUGAUGAGCUCCGCAGGAUGACCUGGAAUAUUCACUCACAGGAGGAGGUGCGCAUCUUACAGAGCAAGUCAUGUGAGGAAAUGUGGCAGAUUUGUGCUAUUCAUCUCUCCAAUGCUGUCCAGUAUGUUGUGGAGUUUGCCAAACGUUUGGAUGGGUUCAUGGAACUUUGUCAAAAUGACCAAAUUGUCCUCCUUAAAGCAGGGUGUCUGGAAGUCCUUCUCAUAAGGAUGACCCGCGUAUUCAACCCGUUACACAACACAGUCUUUUUUGAAGGAAAGUUUGGAGGAAUUCAGAUGUUUCGGUCUCUUGGAUGUGAUGACCUGGUAUCUGCCAUCUUUGAUUUGGGUCGUACCCUGUGCUGCUUGGAACUGUCAGAUGAAGAAAUUGCUCUUUUUAGCGCCGCAGUUCUGAUGUCCCCAGAUCGUCCGUGGCUAACAGAAUCCAACAAAGUUCAGAAGCUUCAAGACAGGAUAUUUAUGGCCUUACAAAGAGAAAUACAGAAGAGGCACUGCAGUGAUGAUCUUUUAGCGAAGAUGAUCUCCAAGCUGCCACUGAUGAAAACCAUCUGUAACCUACACUCAGACAAGUUGGAGUUUUUCCGGCUCCUACAUCCCGACACAGCUCACACCUUUCCUCCACUGUAUAAAGAAGUAUUUAGUUCUGAGCUUCAGUAUACUAAUUUACGGGAAAGUUAGACUGAGGUUCAACAGAAAUAUAUAUAAUAUAUGUAUUUGUACAUGUGUAUAUAGAUGUUCCCCUCCCUUUGGAUGUUCACCAACCUCAGAGAGGUUGGAAAAGAUGUGUUGAGACAUUGAAGAAAUGUCAGUUUUGUCCAUAGUGAUUUUGUUGAAUUUGCUUAUCAUAACUUAUGUUGAAUUGUCAGUUAAUUUU